CCCCCAACAACACGGUUCUUGUUUUCUUUCUUGAGCUGCACGGGAAAGCUUGGUUCACGGGGGAGAAACUGGAACUACCUGACACAGAAAGCCAGCUUUGCUGCAGGACACAGUGAAGGAAGUUUCGAGCUACCGAGUACCCACUGCUGCAAUGGGAAAUGGUUUACCUCGCUGCAGGUUACAUAGUUGGGCAGGACUAAGGAGAAGAGAAGACCAGAUAGAUGAAUAAGGUAGAUGCUAACUUUCU